AUGACCGUUCAACGCAUCAAGCUCGCCAUGGAGCAGGCUUCUAAGGAGCCGCCACUGAUCAUCCUCCCAGAUGUGGAUGCAAGGAUGGAGGGCAACAAGCAGCAGAAGCUGCCGGUGGCCAUCCUGUUUCCAGGUCAGGGCUCCCAGUACGUCAAGAUGUUGGCCGAGGUCAAAGACCUAGAGCCAUGCAAGCGCCUCAUCGACAAGGCCAACAGCAUUCUGGGGUAUGACCUCCUGGACCUGUGCUUGAACGGCCCUGAAGAGAAGCUCGAGGAGACCAAGUUCUGCCAACCUGCCAUGUUCCUGGCGAACUGCUGCGCGUUGGAGAAGCUGCGCUUGGACCAGCCGGAGGUGGUGGAGAACUGCUCGGCCACCGCGGGGCUGUCCUUGGGCGAGUACAACGCCAUUUGGUUCUCCGGCAUGCUGAGCUUUGAGGAAUGCCUGAAAGUGGUCCGCGUCAGAGCUGAUGCGAUGCAGGAGGAGUCCACGCGGGCCCCGCAGGCUAUGAUCUCGGUCGCGGGAUUGGACCUCCAGGUGUUGGAAGGUCUUUGCGAGAAGGCUGCCAGGCAGGUUGGCGAGAUCGCAGAUCGAGAAGCGGUGUGCAAGGUGGCGAACCACCUUUUCCCCAAGGGCUACACCUGUUCCGGCGACAAGCCGGCUGUAGAGAAGCUGAAAGGUCUUUGCGAGCAGGAGGGUGCGCUGCAGGCUCGGUAUUUGAAGACCUCCGGCGCCUUUCACACUUCGUUGAUGGAGCCCGCAGGCGUGAAGCUCCUCAAGGCUUUGCGGGUCCGCGUCACGGACAUGAGCUUCCCAAGGGUGGAUGUCUACAUGAACGUUCGGGGUGCACCCCAACGUGCUGGCACAGAUCCGCGAGAGAUCAACUACGACCUGGCAGCACAGGUCUCCAACCCGGUGCUUUGGUCGUCGAGCAUCCAGGAGAUGAGGAAGAAUGGUAUCACCGACUUUUAUGAGUGCGGCCCCAUGAAGCAGUUGAAGGCAAUGAUGAAGCGCAUCAGCCAGGAGGCGUGGGAGAAAACCACCAGCGUGCCAGUAUGA